AAAAGUCUUAUUUUCAUGUAAAGAGAUGGGCGUGUUGAUGAUCAUGGACAUGUACAUGUCUCUUUUGUUGCAGCCACUGCCCUUUAUUUUGCUCUCAAUAUUCUUCUACUUGAUGCACCUAAUUCUAUAUGAGCUCCGGCGAGAAGUAGUCACUACUCAUGAGCUGUCCGGCACUUGCCAUGGCCCCACAACCUACCCUAUUAUUGGUUGCUUGGUUUCCUUCUACAAAAACCGCCAUCGCCUCCUUGAGUGGUACACUCAACUCCUUGAAGACUCAGCAACCAACACCAUCGUGGUGCAACGCUUUGGUGCUCGGCGGACCAUCGUCACGGCGAACCCUGAAAACGUCGAGUACAUGCUCAAGACCAACUUCAACAACUUCCCAAAAGGAAGGCCCUUCACUGAAAUCCUAGGGGAUUUUCUUGGCUACGGCAUAUUCAAUGUGGAUGGAGAGCUUUGGCGCACACAAAGGAAGUUGGCCAGCCAUGAGUUCAGCACCAAGUCCUUGAAAGAAUACACCGUGAACACGUUUGAGGAGGAAGUCGAAAACCAGUUGUUGCCCUUUAUGGAGUCCUUGGCAAUGGAAGAGAAAGUGGAGGACUUGCAGGACUUGCUUAGACGCUUUGCGUUCAACAUCAUAUGCAAGGUUUCUAUGGGGAUUGAUCGGUGGUCCUUGGAUCCGUCUGCGCCUGUCUCACCCCUCGCGAGAGCUUUCGACGCAGCAUCAGAGAUAUGCGCAAGGCGCGGGGCUGCUCCUUUGUUCUUGGUUUGGAAGAUCAAGAGAUGGCUUGGAGUUGGAUCAGAAAAAAGGCUCAAGUCUGCCGUUGAACAAGUACGUGCUCAUGUCAUGGAAAUAAUUCAUAAAAGGAAGACAGAACUAAUAUUUGAAGGAGAAGAGUCUAGUACUAGUGAAGAUCUUCUGACUCGGCUGAUAACAGCCGGGCACGGCGAGGAGGUGAUUAGAGACAUGGUGAUAAGCUUCAUCAUGGCGGGGAGGGACACAACUUCAGCAGCCAUGACAUGGCUCUUCUGGUCGCUCUCAUGUCACCCGGAUGUGGAGCAACAAGUGGUCAAGGAGAUAAAUGAUAUUGUUAGAGAAAGACGAAGGCUAGAUUAUGAAUCAUUGAAGGAGUUGAAGAUGUUGAAGGCGUGUCUUUGUGAGUCCAUGAGGCUUUACCCACCUGUGGCAUGGGACUCAAAACAUGCCGUCUCAGAUGAUUUGUUGCCGGACAGUACUCAUGUCAGGGCGGGAGAUAGAGUGACCUAUUUCCCCUAUGGGAUGGGGAGAAUGGAAGCUUUGUGGGGAAAAGACCGGUUCGAAUUUAAGCCGGACCGGUGGUUCACUGAACCGGACAAAGAUAGAGGGGCUUUGAAGAAGGUAUGUCCCUUCAAGUAUCCAAUUUUUCAGGCCGGACCAAGGGUCUGCCUUGGAAAGGAGAUGGCCUUCAUUCAGAUGAAAUAUGCGGUGGCUUCAGUUCUAAGGCGGUUCAAGAUCAUACCGGUCGGUUCAGAUAGGCCGGUUUUUGUGCCGCUACUGACAGCCCACAUGGCCGGCGGCUUCAAGGUUUCCAUUAGCAAGAGAGAAGUACUUACAUAGACCUAAAUAAAUCAUUGUCAUUAAAUUAGUAAGGUCAAAUGGUCCUGAUUUAAGAUUUGUUGGGACGGCGUAACAUGCCACAUGCUUCUGUGUAAUUUAAGUGCGAGGAAACAAUUGUGUACAACAAUCAUACAGAAAACAACUAUGUACAUAAGUUGUUCCAGAACUUCCUAGAUCAUGAUCAUCAACAUCACAAGUCAGAUGCCAAAUAUUUACAUGGAAGAACAUAUACCGUGAAGUCCGGACACGGUAAGGUUUCUAUAAAUCCUGGUCAGAAUAUUGCACAUGCGUGUUUGGAACGAUUACUUCACAUGUUCUUAUGUUUUUCCCCCUUAAAAAAAAAGUGGAGGAAUAUUUUUUGUUAAUAAUAACAUUCAUUGAUCAGAAUUCAAAGUAGAGAA